AUGAAGGUUGAGUUUGCACCACGGUCUGUGCCACUGCAGAGAAGGCUUCAGACAGCAUCAGUGGCUCAAUGGGUCUUCAGCUUCCUGUGUCUAGCACAGUGCUGUACAGUUGCCUUCAUCGCCCUCUUCUUCACUCCUUUUUGGCUGGUCAGUGCCCUCUAUGCUGCAUGGUGGUUAAUAGACAGGGAGAAACCCAGGAAGGGUGGGCGGCGGAUCCACUUCUUCCGGAACGGCAUCGUCUGGAGGUACAUGAAGGACUAUUUCCCCGUCACGUUGGUGAAGACAGCAGAGCUGGACCCUCGGCAGAACUACCUGCUGGGAUUUCAUCCCCAUGGAGUCCUGGCAGUUGGAGCCUUUAUCAAUUUCUGCACAGAGGCAUCUGGCUUUUCCACACUCUUCCCAGGCAUCACGCCCCACCUGAUGAUGCUUUCUCUGUGGUUUCGCUUCCCGUUCUUCAGGGAUUAUUUGAUGAGUGGAGGCCUCAUCCCCUCUGACAAGGACAGUGCAUCAUAUGUGCUGCAGAAGCCAGAGGGUGGGAACCUGCUGGCCAUCAUUGUUGGUGGGGCACAGGAGGCACUGGAUGCCCAUCCAGGAUCCUUCACCUUGCUGCUGAAGAACAGGAAGGGAUUUGUGCGCCUGGCCAUCCAGCAUGGCACACCUCUGGUCCCUGCCUUUUCCUUUGGGGAGAACAACAUCUUUGAUCAGGUGAAGAAUCCUAAGGGCUCCUGGCUGAGGAGGAUUCAGUACUGUCUCCAGCAGAUCAUGGGCAUCUCCCUUCCCCUCUUCCAUGCACGAGGCAUCUUCCAGUACAGCUUUGGGCUGAUACCCUACCGACGGCCCAUCUGCACCGUGGUUGGGAAGCCAAUUCCAGUGCAGAAGAGGCAUGAACCCUCGGAGGAAGAAGUUGAUCAAGUCCAUCAAAAAUAUCUAAAUGAAUUGUCCAACCUCUUUGAGAAGCACAAAGCUAAAUAUAAUAUCCCAGAAGAAAGCCACUUGGAAUUUAUAUAG